UAAAGUGUGUGAACGUUCCAUUGGAACGCGGCGGCGGAGUGACUGAGUGGGAGAUCGCAACGUAUGCAGGCUGGAAAAAGUCAUCCGUGAGCGAGAUGGAAGUGAUGAAUUGUUUAACACUAAAUGAUUUGGUCAGCACAAAAAAAAAUAAAGUGGAUGAUGUUAUAGAUGAUAGGAGUGCCCAUAAGGAGAAUGUGUUUGACAGAUAUCUAAGUCCAAGGGCACUUUUGAAGGCAGAGCCAAUUGAUCUAUCAAAACAAAAAUAUUUUAUCCCUGAACGGAGUCCUGUCACACCAGUAAAAAUGGUUGACAGACCUCAAGCUGAUCCGUGGACCCCGACGGCCAAUCUAAAGAUUCUGAUGAGUGCUGCAAGCCCAGAAAUCCGGGAUCGAGAAAAGAAAAAGGAACUGUUCCGUCCAAUCGAAAAUAAUGAACCGGAAGAUACCGCUCAAGAUUUCCAGUUUGAAGUUGCUGAUGACCUUGAUGAGUUGGAAAAGAGGCCAAGCAGAAAGCAGAAAAGUUUGGGGCUACUGUGUCAGAAGUUUCUGUCUCGGUAUCCUAGCCAUCCCAUGGCAACAGAGAAGACAAACAUUUCUUUAGAUGAAGCUGCGUCAAGCCUUGGUGUCGAGCGCAGACGUAUUUAUGACAUUGUGAAUGUUCUGGAGUCCCUGCAUCUGGUGAGCCGGGUAGCAAAGAAUCAGUACUGCUGGAAUGGACAGAGCAAUCUGAAUGAGACACUAAAAAGACUGCAGAUAGACGGAGAGAAACAAAAAUAUGGAGUAUUGAUUAAUCAUUUUCAGCAUAUGGCAAAUAAGUGUGAGAAGCAGAAUAAAGAUUUACCCGUGGACAGCCAGACUGUUGGUCUUUUAGAAUUGUCUGAAGCAGACUGCCCCUCCGCAUCUGCAAGCAGUCGCAAGGAUAAAUCGCUGCGUAUCAUGAGUAAGAAGUUUGUCAUGCUGUUUCUUGUAUCUACAUCCAAGAUAAUCACCCUUGAGAUGGCUGCUAAGAUCCUAAUUGAAGAGAGCCAGGACUCUACAUAUCACAGCAAAUUUAAAACAAAGGUACGACGACUGUAUGACAUUGCGAAUGUGCUGACCAGCUUACGACUUAUAAAGAAGGUUCAUGUAACUGAAGAAAGAGGGAGAAAACCGGCAUUUAAAUGGAUUGGACCUGUAGAUUUGGGGGCAGACAGUGAUGAAACCAUGGAAGUGACAUCAACUACUCCAUCUCCUGUCUCCGAGAGAGACUCUUGCAGCAUCCAUCCUUCCUUUAGCAAGGUUCCAUCCAACAAUACUGUAAAGAGGAAAAUCUGCUCUGAACCAAUCAGUCUCCUUAAGACUCAGAAUGUUUGCAUUCAGAGCACCGAUACCUACUCAUCAAAGAUGGCACAUUUGGCAGCUAUAUGCAGACAAGAUAUUGAAGAUGAUACUAAAACCAGUGCUUCAUUAACUAUGGAAAACGUAGGCCCUCUACCUUUCUGUGUGGUGCCUGUACCAGUGGACCCUGACUGUUUUAAGUCUGUGGCUCCGCAGGGGUCUCGUGCAUCGCUGAAGGGCAUAAAUGGACACAUCCCCAUUGUAGCCACAUCACAGUUUAACAGAGAGCCUGGCAAUCAAGGAUUUCUCCAGAACCAACCAUAUGUAUACCUCCCUUCCAAUUCUGUAUUCAUGUUAUGUGGGAAUUCACGACAGGAACUGAACAAGAAAUCUCCAAUAUCUGAACAAAAGUAUACAAAUGAAAAUCUUCACCAAUCGAAAAAACAGCGUACUGAUGCAGAUGAAUCACCACUCUCCUUGGUUCUACCAAAGCAUAGGGAAAAAUCACCCGACAAUUUGGUUUUUGACACCGCUGUCCUUGAGAAGUCGCAAAGUCUUUUUGAAGAGCACAAAAAGAACAGAACAGCCAACACGCAAAGUAAUGUGGAACAUGUGACCGAAGCUAAAGAAACAAACGGUGGUCUAAUGGACUCUAACUGUGUUCCCCAAGACACAUUCAGACAAUCCACAUUACAACAGUUCCUUUACAUACCAUCAGCUGGAGUAAAUGGUUUAGAGUUUCUUUUUCCUGCGAGUGGUGCCCCCAGAGAUUUGGUUAGUUCUCAAAGUAGCUUGGCAUCCCUCGGUGUUCCAUGUGUGAUGGUCCCAUCCACAGCACUACAAGCAUAUCCUUUCUUCUGCUCCCAAAUGGAUUCCACCUCCUUACCUUCUGGUUCCAAUGGCCUUUCUUCAAGUCCUGGGUUCAUGAAUUAUAACCUUCCUCAUGGGACCUCACCCUGUCCUUUAAUAGGGAACACAACGUCUCUACCAGCUCACAAACCUGAGCCUCCUUCAGAUCUUUCUCCGAAUGCCAGUCCUGUCCCAGUAAGCGGUUCUAGUUCAGUUGGCUCAGACGGUCUGCAGCAUCCUGUCCCUAAAUCGCAGAAGUCACCAACUCCAUCAACUCCCAAGAGCAGUCACCUGAUUCACAAGGAGACCUUCUUUAAAACUCCUGGCAGCUUACAGACCUCAUCCUCUACAUGGAAAAGCAAACGCACCAAAACGAGAAGUUCCUUCAGUGCUCAAAGGAGAUUAGAGAUUGCUAGUGACUGAACAGGGACUCUCUGCACUUUAACUUGUCCUCUACACCUUCUUGUGCACGGUCUGACUUCACAGUACACAGGCUCUCUGCAUUUUCUAAUACACAAGCCUAUUAACUUGGGUAAAUCCCAUUUCUUAUCUGCAACUGUCCCUGACCUAGCGAACUAUUUUAAUAUCUAUCUAUAUAAAACUCAUUAGCACUUGAUUUAACCAAUUGUUUUUGCAGCUGUCCAAUGUAUACACAUUAUUGCAUUCUGUGAUCUGUGGAUUUGACACCGCCAAUAGUGGAAUUCGCACUAAAUACUUCAUAAGCAAUUGGACUUGGCAUUGCACGUGAAAAUUGCUAUAUUGUUCCAUGGCCGUAUGAAGUCUAAAACUGGCUAGCUACAUUCACAAGUUGAUGCAUUCAAUGUUUCUUUUUUUUUUGUAUUGGGAAAACCUAUACGGAUUACUUGAAUUCUUGUUAAUUUACCAUCUUCAGUACAAACUGUACUGAUAUUAUUUACAUGUAUUUUGCUAUUUAAAAUUAAAAAAGACCAAAUUAACUGUGAAAUCUACAGUUUGGGAAAACCCUAGUAGCUUGAUAUUGCUUAGAAUUUCACCCCUACCCCCAAUGUUCUACGGAUUGAUUUGAUAAAAUGUGAUAAUUAUGUAAGUAAUAUUUACUUAACCUUAAUUAAUAUUUUGUAUAGUAAGCCCAAUAGUAAAUAUUAUUUUUAAUGUUUGUGGGUUUUUUUUUUUUUGUUUUUUUUAUUUACUUUACCCAUACCUGUAACACACAUCUUUGAUCUUUGUACGGUUACAAUGAAAAAGAAUAACUAACAUCUGCAGUCUUACACUUCACCCUGAGCAGCUCGUUGAAUGUCCAUUUUGAACUCUGUACAAUUACAUUGACUAUGAUCCAGAAACCUUAACACUAGCUUAGGUUAGUUACUUGCUCAAAUUUUGCAUAGGAUUUAAAGGUUCCAUAGGACUCCUAGUAAGGUAGAGCAUUGUAAGCAUUUAACCAAUGUUUUUAUGAAGUGGUCCUUUUAAAGGAUACAUAAAUAUGAAAGAUUUAGUAAUGUGAUUGUUCCUCGUUUUACUGUAUAUAUAUUUUUUUCCUUUAUUGUAAUGCCAUUCCAGUUGAUACUGUUGAUUAAAAAGGUGAUUAUUUGCACUGGCAAUUUCAGCACUAGGUCAGGUGGGUUUUAACCCCUCUGUUUCAGCUGGUGGGCUUCUUAAUAUUUCUUCUCAAAGCUGUCUAUAUACUUGAAAUGUCUACCAGGUUUACAUUCUUCAUAUAUCCUCUUUAAACAAUAUGGUGCUAAUUCUGUGUUUUUGUUUUUUAACCAAAGCUGCUUAGUGUAAUCAUAUUGCACUGCUAGUUUAUUGCAAUCUGUUGUACUGCUGCUCUUCUGUAGAUUUAUUUUUAAUUUUAUUUUUCUGUGCUGAUUUUUUAAAGCUAUAUGUAUAGCUCUAAAUGUAUUUUCUCACAUAUGUACAGGGUAUGUAGCAUCACUUAUUAAAU